AUGGCUUCUACAACUAGAGGUGGUAGAAGUAGAGGUGGUGGUAGAAAGAGGGAUCCUAUGUGGAAACAUGGCACACCAGGUGCAGUGGUAGGAGAGGUUAUUUGUAACCAUUGCACGAAAACUAUGACCAGUGGCAUAUACCGACUCAAAAUUCACCUUGCACAAAUCAGUGGACAAAAUAUUACAAUAUGUGACAAUUGUCCUAAAGAGGUUCAAAGGGAGGCAAAAGCAAGACUUUCAGAAUUUGAGCAAAAGAAGGUAGAAAAAAAGAGGAUAGCAGAGGCAAUGGCAGCCCCAACGAGGAAUAUCAGUUCUACAGAGUCACAAAAUAUUGGGGUGGGUAGCAAUACAUAUGGUUUUUUCAUUCCUCGUAACACUCCUGGUGCACAACCUGGAUUGUUAGGUACUUCAUGGAAUAAGGAAGUGCAUCAGCAGACAAGAGCGGCAGUGGCUAGAUUUUGGAUUUACAACAAUAUUCCGUUUAGUAUUAUUGAGAGUCCAUAUUGGGAGCAAAUGGUCAAUGGAUGGACCAUUUCUGGUAAGGGGUUCAAGUCCCCAAGUUGUUAUGAGUUGAGUGGGCCAUUAUUGCAGGAUGAGGUUCAAAACACACAUCAGCUGGUGGAACAACAAAGGAGGAAUUGGGAAAAGAAUGGCUGCACCAUUUUAUCUGAUGGGUGGACGGAUAGUAGGAAUAGGACACUCAUAAACUUUCUAGUUGCUUCAGGGGGACAGGUGGUAUUUUUAAAAUCGAUUGAUGCCUCAGAUCAAGUGAAGAAUGCGGAAACCUUGUGCAACAUGUUGGAUGAGGUGGUGACCAAAGUGGGAGUGCAAAAUGUUGUUCAGGUUGUGACCGAUAAUGCAGUUGCACAUGUGGCAGCGGUUGUCAGAACCGUUGGUGAGGGUUCUACAGAUGGUGGAUGGGGAUAA